UGGAUCUAAAAAAGCUGACAGAUGAUCACAAAAGUAGACUCAUCCAAAGUGCCGUCUUCAAACCACUCCGACACUCAAUGUGGUUCUGCGUAGACUGUUGAGAUAGUAGCAGUUUUUAGACGAGGUAAAACGAGAGAAGAAAAUGGUGUAAUCAUGGCCAAAAAGAUUUUCCUGUGUAAUGAAGUCAGUGAACUUUUGUGCAACAAGUUUGUGGUUGUUAUUGGUGAUUCUGUCCAAAGGGGUAUAUAUAAGGAUCUUGUAUUGCUUCUUCAGAAGAAUACUUACCUGACAAAUCAAAAUCUACGAAACAAGGGUGAAGUUUCCUUUGAAAACGAUAAGCUGAUUGAAGGUGGCCAAAAGGGCAGGAUGACGAAUGGGACGUCUUACCGCGAGGUGCGUCAGUACCGUACGGACCACCAUCUCGUCCGGUUCUACUUUGUGACGCGCUGUUACAACAAGUACGUGCGCACGGUCUUGGCCGACCUCGGUAACGAACCACAACCAGAUGUUGUCAUUAUGAACUCGUGUCUCUGGGAUAUCAGCAGAUAUGGUCCUUCAUCCAUAGAGGACUAUAAGAAGAACUUGAAAACACUGUUUGCUCGGUUAAAUGAAGUUGUGCCAGAAGCCUGCCUGCUUAUAUGGAACACGACUAUGCCUAUUUCGAAGAAUGCGCGUGGCGGAUUCCUCAUCCCAGAGAUUGCCUUCAUGAACAGUACCCUGCGUCUGGACAUCUUGGAAGCCAAUUUCUAUGCUGCAAAGAUAGCUGUGGACCAGAACUGUGACGUGCUAGAUCUUCACUAUUAUUUGAGACAUCAGAUGAGCAGACGGGUACAAGAUGGUGUGCACUGGGACAUGCUGGCACACAGAAUAAUCACAAAUCUAAUUCUUUCACACAUCACUGAUGCAUGGGGAGUGACGUGCUCCAGUAAUAAGCGUCAAGCUGUCAAAAAAGAGCCAGACUUUAAGUUUGGGUUGGGACAGAACCGUGACCAUCAAGACACUAGCAGAGAGCAGAACUGUAAUUCUAGCUUGGGACCGGACCGCGAACAUCAAGGCACCGGUAAAGGACAUAACUGGAAGUUUGGCUUGGGACAGAACCGUGACCAUCAAGUCUGCGAUCAAGGACAGAACCUUAACUUUGGUAUGGGACCGACCCGAAGUGGCUCCUCUCACAGGCUUCACUCGAACGAGAGUCGGUUGUCUGAUAACCAGAACUUUGCCUUUCAUGGUGCUAAGAAAACCAGUAUGGACUCACGUAGAGGUAGAAGUUUCCAUGGGAUGCAGUCAAGCAGAUGUUAUUAUCAGGAACUACACAACUUCAAUGAAAACAACUUCCAAGCAAGAAGUAGUAUUAUCUCCAGGGCAAGACACAUGAUUUCAAAUAUGCGCUUCAGUCCUUACAGUGGUAGAAGACAUCGAUGAUUAUGAAGUUUACCAUGCAUUUCACAAUCCAGCAUGCAUUCAAUAUAUACUACUCAAAAGAAUUUAAGGGUCAAAAAUUUAUAACCAAAUAAGUUUCAGAGUGUAUUAGAUUGAUGAUGUAAACUACACCAAAAAUUUAAUUUAUUGUUCCAUAUUUACAAAAAA